AUGUCCACCCCCCGCGUCUUCCUCGCCCGCCACGGCGAAACCGCAUGGACCCUCAACGGCCGCCACACCGGCAUCAGCGAGAUCCCCCUCACGCCCCACGGCGAGACCCAAGUCCGCCAGGCCGGCCGCUCCCUCGUCGGCCCCGGCCGCCUCAUCGACCCGUCGCGCCUCACACGCAUCUACGUCUCCCCCCGCGUCCGCGCGCAGAACACCUUCUUGCUACUCCUCGCUGGGUGCGCGGGUGCGCCGCUGGAGCAUGUGAACGUGCUUGUGACGGAGGAGAUUGCCGAGUGGGGGUAUGGGCGCUACGAGGGGUGGUUUCCCGCCCAGAUCCGUGAGGACCGCAAGGCGAGGGGGCUGGAUAAGGAGCGCCCGUUCGACAUUUGGAGGGAUGGGUGUGAGGAUGGUGAGGGCCCGGAGGGGCUGAAGGGGGAGAGCGCGGAGGAGGUGCGGGUGAGGCUGGAUAAUGUGAUUAAGGAGAUUAGGGAGUUGCAGGCGCCGUAUAUGAACGGGGAGAAGAAUGUGGAUGUAUUGUUGAUAUCGCAUGGCCAUUUGCUGCGCGCGUUCACAAAGAGGUGGCUAGGCCUCGAGCUCGACUUCCCGCUCCAGAUGAUUCUGGAGCCCGGCGGUAUCGCGACAUUGACCUACAACCACCACAACGUCGAAGAACCAGCAUUCCUUCUCGGCGGCGUCUUCAAAGACCCAACCGCGGAUGUGGGGGGUACCGAGUAG